AUGUCGACUGCUAUACCCAUAAAUUCUUUUGUCAUCCAGCUGCAACAACCAAUACCAACAACAGCAGUUGGGACUGAAACGAAUGCUCCUGUGCCCGUUUAUGUCCAACAGAUAUCAGGACUUUCACUUCUUCAUGGAAUUAGGGCAUUUCUAAAAGGCCAACCAAAGGCCCUUGGGACUGUCCAGAUAAUGAUUUGUGUGAUGACUCUUCUGUUUGGCAUUGUGUCCACAAUUCAUGCAGAAUCCUUCUUUGUCAUUAUUGGUUUUCCUUACUGGGGAUCCAUCAUUUACAUCAUUGCAGGCUCAAUCUCCAUCGCUGCGGAAAACAAAGUUAAUUCACCCUCCAAUAACUGUUUGGUGAACGGUUCACUUGGACUAAACAUCAUCAGUACUAUAGCCGCAGGCAUUGCCCUUAUUUUUGUUUCACUGGAUUUGGCAAGAGGACCAAUCCGCAAUUACCAGUACACUUACUGCAACAAUUCUAUAUGUUAUGAUAAUGAAAAGUAUAAGACUCUCUUUAAGGGGAUCAGUGGUGUGUUACUCUUAUUCACCUUACUUCAGUUUAUCAUCUCCAUCUGUCUGUCAGCGUUUGCUUGUAAAGUCUCCUGUUGCCCUCCUGAGGCUUGUAACGUAUGA